UAUUAAAAGUGAACGUAAUUUAUGAAAAUAUUUAGUGAUUUUAAGCAACAAUUUCUGACAAAUUGAGUGAAAAAGUCUUAAAGUCUUUGUCCACAUAUUCAGUGAUUUCUUGAGUUUGAUAUUAACAGACAUUUGAUGGCAUAUUCUUCAUAUUACGGAAGAGGACGCGACAGUUCUCCGGGUGAGUCGGGAAUGUAUGGUCGCGACCGAUCACCGCCUCGCGAGUACGGCCGCCGAUCGCCGCCAUCUUUAGGUCGCAUACCGAAGAUAAGUAGUACCGCUCCGUCGUCUUCAUUGGAUGACCUCAGGACUGAAUUCAAUCGUAUCAGCGAUAAUAUGCCGCUGAAGAUGGAAGACAUGACUUGGGAACGAAUGGGAUCUAAGGUUCAGGAUAUGCUCGAACAGAAGGCUAAUGAUCCGAGUCUUGACGGCCAACAGAUGUUUCCGGCGCCUAAACGCAGGAGAGAUAAGAGAGAUAUGCCGUUGAUUAUCAACGGAAACAUUGUUCCACGAAAGGAUGCACUCCUUAUUGAUCUGGUUUUAAACAAUAAAACAACACUUGAAUCACAAUUGACUUUAUCUAAACAUCCCAUCGUCGGACUUGAGUAUGUGCUUGAAUACAUCGAUCCCGACGGUCAAUCUCCUCGUGUCUAUCAUUGCCGACUUUGCAAACAAUUCAAUACUUGCUCGUCAAUCAUGGAGCACAUCACUGGUUAUAAUCACAGAGUUAGAUACAUUGCCAACAAAUACCCAAAUCAGGCUAAAACCUAUCUAAUGCCAGACGGCAGACGAGCUAAUCGUAAUGCGGCUCUCAUUAGAAUGGCUCAGGGAAGAGCUCAAGAGCUUGAGUUGGUUUAUGGUAGGGGAGACUUCGAAGUUAGACAUGAAAGACCUACUAUUCCUGAUGAACAAUUGGAUAUUGAAUCUGAUAUCAUUGUUGUCGAGUCUGGACAACAAACUGAAGUUCUCAAACAGGCUCUCAAACAGAUUAAGGCGUGUAAACUGGAAGGCGAUGAAGACAUUAGAGUUGCCAAACAAAUCAUUAAUGAUUUGACUGAUGCUAUCAUUGAAUACAAACAGUCGGCACAAGAAAGACAAAUGAAUGCCGGCAUUAAUUCAUUGAUAGGACAGGCGAGAGGCAACUAUUGAUCUACUUUUAACACCAUAACUGACUAUUAAUGCAAUUUUCAUUGCGAUAAUACUUUUUUGUUAUAAUUACCGUAAUAUUUUGUUAGUUAUUUCAUUAACAUAAUUAUGUCAU